UCUCAUUGUGAAUCUGGAUCUGAAUCAUUUCCGACUCUUGAGUGGAAGAACAAUUGACAUGACUGUUUGCGAAUAUAACCAUUUCUAUAUUCAAUCUCAGCCCACACCUUGUCCGACUCCAGCGACAGCCAUCACCAUCCGCAUUUGAGUGAGACUGGGAUAUUCCACUUGGAGACCUCAAAUACACUUGCAUCAAAAGCACCUUCAAAAGGAUGAUCUGAGAAUCAGAGAAGUUUAGCAAAUUUUCGGCAUGAUAACCGACAAGCAAGGUUAGUCAAUGAAUAUGUUAGUUACUCAGUCAUCAAUGGUUGUAGGAUCAAUGGAGCUCAUCAGGAAGUUGGCUACUACAAAUGUCUGAUAGAAAUUCACCAACCACAUUCUCUUUCAUAUCGUAUUUAUGUUUAGCCUAUGAUUUGAGAUGUCUGUAAGACAAAUUUAAGAUCAAAAGGCUGUACACGUCCUACUCUUCUCUUGUCUUGUCGGCUUUAUUCUUCUUUCGUUCAUUCUCGGUUAAAUUGACUUUGAAAUCUUUCAUACUCUAAGCACCUAGAGCCUUUUUCUUAUCAAACUAACAAACCUCAGGUGAAGGUUGGCCUAUACAUCGUCCCACAGAUCUGAUCAAUUGAAGUGGAGUCUAACCCCCUUUCUGGGAUUGCGAAAAGCCAAUCCAUCAUUCGCCCAGAUUAUCGAAGUCCAUCACGGAAAGAACAACUUCUGAAGUCUUACUUUCCACUAGCAAGAAUCAGCCUGAAUUGAGCUCAAUCUCAACAACCAGGUCGGCUUCCACCAUGACCAGAAAACUAAAGCUAAACACCCGCACCAAAGGGGGUCGGCCCCGCAAAGAAAAAGACAUAUGGGACCAAUUCGAGAUCUUAGGAUCAGAAGAUUCAAUCGCCUACCGCGAAGAAAUCAACAUCCAAGUAAGCUCCACUUACCCAUCCACCAUGAACCCCAAACUUACAAGCUCCAGGCAAUACUCAACCACCCAACCGCCCAAGCAAUCUUCGCCAGCACCAGCAACGAGAAAGUCUCAACUCUUCUCAGCAGCGGCGAAAUCACCCGCACAGUAACGGAAUUCAAAGCUGACGGCGCGGCGGGAAAACACGACGCCAAAUGGAUUGCAGAGGCUAUAGUUGCUUCUGAGCGACGGGCCGCAGGGGAAUACGAUGAGUUCAUACAAGCGCGGUUCAUGAGAGAUUGGGGUGAUGAAGGAGGAGAAAUGCUUUCUGAUUCCGAGUCAGAUUCAGAAGCUAGGAAGAAAAAGAAGCAGAAGUUGGUGGCCAAUAGCUCGGUUUUGACGCUCAACACGAAUACCUCUGCUACUGUUGGCAAUGCCGUUUCGAGUAGCAGUAACGGUAAUGGUAACGAUAUCUUACCUUCGAAAAGAGGAACACAAAACCACACGGUUCGAGAAUCCCCUUCAUACUCAGACUUCUCAGAGCUCUCAGAGUUGGGCUCUUCGCCUUCUCUUUCCUUUAUGAAUGAAGGCUCGUCUGCUCCCGAGUACCAUAUUUAAUAGUGUUGAGUUGACCACCAACGGCCUCCAGUCAACGGAAACGGAAAUUCACAAUGAUAAUAUGAUGGAAAGGAAUGGAUCGGUUCCGGAUAGUGAUCAAGAUGUCUCCUUCACUGCGAGUCCAGCUGCUGUUCCAGAUCUGCAGAGUCCUGAGAAUUUGACAGGUGCUUCGCGAUAG